AGGGAAGACCAGGAAGGCACCAAGACCAGCAUUGAUGGUGGCUUUGAAAGCCGAUCCGUCGGUAUAUAUAUGGAUAGCUGUUUUUGGAUAGCUUUCAAUUGUUUCGAGCGUGCCUACUUUGAGCUCCAGUGGAUUUGAUUCUUUUGUUAAGGUGUUAUUUAGUAAAUGUGUUUUGAUGGUUGGUUAUUUGUAGUUUAGUCCGGGCGUUAUGUUUCAAAAUCUGGUAAUUUUUUCUUUGUUAUUGGGUAGGUGGUAUUUUAGGGCUAGUUCGUCAGUAAGUUGGAUCAGAGUCCUUUGCUUUUUUUGGUUGUUUUUCCUCUAUCUCUGUGUUAGUAACAGCUAGUCAUGUUAUUUUUUGUUUGGGAUAUAUACAUAUAUUCAUAUGUCUACGUCAGUGUUAGACGAACAGAAUUUGAUAUAGCAGUGUUUAGUUAAUUCUUCUCGCCACAUGUGAUUUGACCUGUACCCUCCUAUUUAUCUUUUAGGGCCAUUAAUUUGGUAGUGGGAAUAAUCUGUGUGCUUGUAAACAAUAGCUCUGACGAUAUUUCGGAAUUAAAACCAUACAGAUGAUUUAUUGAAGGCCAAUAUUUCUUCACCAGGAUACAAGAGUCAUGUUAUUUUUCGUAUUUUUUUCUUUCAUUCCUGUGUCGCUGUCAACGCUUAACGAACGGAAUUGGAUUUGGAACUCAUCAACUGAGACUUGGUUGGACUUUCAUGUUAAAUAUUGCGGAAGGUUUUGCACUGGAGAUACGUUGAAUGGAAAGAACUAUUGUAACAAUCCGCCAUGUUUCCCUUGUGACUGUGGUUCUAACUGCUUUAUAUACGACACAUGCUGUCCACUAUUCGUAAACAAUUCUUAUAUUGAACCUCCAUUAAAUGAAAUACAACAGUUAUCUAGUCCAGAUAUAUUUCAAUGUCAAACUUUACCAUAUAUUCAAAAGAAAGAUAAAUAUUAUAUCAUUUCUAAUUGUGAUCCGAAAUUUUCUCUUCAAAAUAAAAACAUUUUGGACCAGUCCUCAAGAAAUAUCUCGGAUUUAUGUAGAAACCCAAACACAAGAACUCUCGAUGAUGUGACUCCAUAUUCAGACAUUUAUUAUGGAGUUGUAUUUGCAAAUAAAUUUUGUGCAAUGUGCAACGGAUAUGAAAUCGAAGAUAACACUAAUCAUAAAAACAUUAACAGUUCAGUCAAAAUUGCUAGUGCCUGGUCCGUAAACGUCUACUGUGAACAUUAUCAAGUGUUAUAUCAUUUCACUUCAGAGUAUGAAUUUCUCUUAGCUGCUGCUAACAUGUCAAAAUGUACUAUAAAUAGUUUGCCACCUUUAACCAAUUUGAAACCUAAAUCAUGCGGCUCUGAAGUAGACACAUUCUCUGAUGACACUUGCGGUGAUUUUGAUCUAAAGGCAACUCACUUGUGCCACAGUUUAAAUCGUAGAUACUUGAAAGCUGGAGCAAAGGCCAACAUAUUUUGUCAUCUUUGUAGCAACAGUUCAAUGACCAAAAUGUCUUGUGUAGCUCCGACGAGAAAUCCAAUGCCCAUAAGAUUCAGUGAUGGCAUGAGCGUAAACGUAAACGAGCCACCUUAUUCCUUGUUACUAAGCUUUAAAAAACUUCCUGGCAAAGGCAGCAUUGAGGAGAUGAACUGUAAGGUACCUAAGGAAUGGCAAGAUUUGAAGGGUGAAUGCCACGCUGCCAGCUGUACAGCUGGGAAAAUUGCAACAGAGGACGGAAAAUGUAAAACAGCUAUAAGCGGCAUUCGGGGUCUUGCAUACCACUUGGCCUUGACAUUGAUGUACGAAAAUGACGUCGAAAUGACGCAAUCGGAAAUGACUGACUUAUUCAUUGCUAUCAAAAGGAAGUUGGUUUCCAAAUUUUCUAGGUCUCAGUUGUUUGCUAACGUUACCAUAGCCACGAUUGCAAACGGUUCUAAGCUUUUGCAUCUUUACAGAAUUGUGGGGGACAUUUUAGCAGACGAUGAGAAGAGUCGAGAUGAGUUUGAGACGGAAAUUGUUCAGAUGGUGACGCUUUCUUGGGUGUUACCUCUUGCUCACAUGAACAUGUCUAAUAUUACACUGAAGCCAUUGAUACUUGGAGCAGAAUACCACACUGUGGAGUUUAUCAACUUGUCAAUGCCUUCAAAUCUCACAACUAAUCAGUAUCAAAAGAAAAUAAUUCAUUCUGGAGGUGGCAAAAGAAAUUUGCCCAAAUGUUGCAAAUUUAUUGACUUGACGUAUACAUUGCUCUGUCCUUAUGUUGCGGUAAACAUUUCCAGCGUUAAAGUCAACAUGCUUGACAUUCACCUGUCAUUUAACUAUGAUGGGCGUGUCAUCGAGGUUGUGGGUGGUCCUAAUAUUUCAGUCGUCAAUGGAGAACUUCAUAUCUGUUUGGAGACUUUUAAAACGCUGAUAAAAACAAACCCAGUUCAGAGCCCUGCUGAUAUCGCGCUGUAUUACUUCCAGAUUGUGUGUAUCUUGUUUUCUGUUGUUUGUCUCGUGAUGUCUCUGGUUACAUACUUUUUAUUUUCAUCUCUGAGAACACUUCCGGGGUUAAAUAAUAUGUGUCUGUGUUUAUCUAUGCUAUGCGCGCAGGUAAGUCUGCUGCUUACAGUAGAGUUUGGGGUUAAAGGUCAACUUCCCCCCAAGCUGUGUAUGUUUCAUGCUAUAUUUCUUCAUUUUAGCUGGUUGGCCUCUUUCGCCUGGAUGAGUGGCUGCUGCAUCCACAUGUUUCUCGCGUUCACUUCUUACACAUCGCCUAGAAAUGUUGUCAAUUCAGACAUACGAAGGCACAUCCGGUUUUUCAUUUACGGCUUCGGUGUGCCCCUUCUCAUAGUGGCCGCGAACCUGGGCAUUAACGCUGGUUUGACCAAAGGCCAGUCAAUAGGUUAUGAUGACACGAUAUGUUUCCUGGACACACGUAUGUCUGCUCUUACAAUUAUUCUGACCUUACUUGUUCCGCUUUGCGCCAUGGUCUUUAGCAACGGAGUUUUGUUCACCUUGACCUUGCGUGAGAUGCUUCACAUCGCGAAAAUACGGAAGGCGGCGACGGGGAUGGAACGUCAGGGCGUUAUGACCUACGUCAAGUUGUCUACACUCACGGGCGUCUUCUGCAUCGUCGCAGCCGUGGCGGUCUGGCUGGAAAACCUCAUCCUGCAGUUUCUGACCUGUCCACUCAUGGCGCUUCAAGGCGUCUUUCUAUUUUUCUCAUUCAUAUUCAACAAAAGAGUCGGCAAACUGUAUUGUGACAUGCUUGGUCUGCACCGUCUGGGAAUAACCUUGACAACUCAAAGCAGCAGUAGCCAAUCAGCGAGCGUGAAGAGAACGAAACACAAAAAGCGAAUUCAGUACUCUCAAUCCACAUCCAGUACAAACAUGUGAAACGAAAUAUUGAAAUGUAAAAUAUUAGCUUCAAAUCCCAAAGAGCUCCGUUUCUUAAACACUAUUUUUAAAAAUCAAAAACGUUCUUUAAAUAAUGAUAAUUGGUCGAUAUUUUACAUUUGUAUCAUUGUUUGCUAAUUGCAAGUGAUACACAAGUUUUCAAACAAUGCGUUGGCCUAUUUAAUGCCUCUGUUAAAAGACUCGACUAUAUCAAGUGAUUCCGACCACUCUUUUAAAGGUCUUUUAAUAUGUCGAAGUGUCGAUAUUAUAAUUAUGAAAUCUCUAGUAACACUACAGGCCAAAUAAUAAAUGAUAUGUUGUGGCCUCUGUCUACUAACAGUAGUUUAAGCCUAGUCUUGUCUUCAUUUUACCAUUAACAAGAAAAGAUUAAAAAGUCUUUUUAAAAAAAGCUUAUACGAAUUGUAUCAAUUAGUUUCGAUUAGUGACGUAAGUAAGUUUGUAAUAGAUCAGGACCAACAGCAAUAUAUCUGUCUGAUUAGAAAUAUUUUAAUUAAUUGUUUUUGUUUAGCGCUAUUUCAUGCAUUUAGCUUUCUCAAUACGCUAUGAUCCUAUCACUUGUCUGGACCAGUGGGGAGUAUCUGGGGGGGGGGGGGGGG